AUGGGAUGUUUUCGAAGUCAGGGAAAACUCACUGCCUCAUUGUCGACCAAUGGCCAGGUGUUCGAACAUGGCGGAACGCUGCUGGCGAAGAUCGAAAUGCAGAACCGUCACUGGCGAAGGCGUCGCAAGGUGGCUCGUUUCUCGCUCAUUCAAAACGUGCUCUUCCAUUCUCACACCCUCUUCAACGCGUUACCUGAGAAUCGAAGCACUCAACGCGAGAUCGAGAUGUUCAAGUUGAAUAUCCCUCGCCGCGGCCAAUCCAUUACGGAGAACGUCAAGAUCAAACUGGCCCGAAACUUAGCACCCACUAGCAAGUCCCCUGCCAUGAUCACCGUCAGCUAUAUUCUGAAGCUGGACCUGGGAAAUCUUUGCGAACUCGUCUUGCCCAUCGCUGUCGUGUCGGAUGACGGUACCAAGAAAAGCAACUGA